AUGGCGGCAACUAUGCCUAGGUCGUUUUUGCAGGCGAUUGCGAAGGAUGAGGCGGUGGCUCCUCCGCUCAGAGUUGUUCAGAUCGAAGGAUUGGCUGUGCUAAAGAUAAUCAAACAUUGCAAGGAGUUUGCACCGACCCUUGUCACAGGACAGCUUCUUGGACUUGAUGUUGGUAGCGUCCUUGAAGUUACUAAUUGCUUCCCUUUCCCUGUCAGAGAUGACGAUGAAGAGAUUGAAGCUGAAGGUGCCAAUUACCAGCUUGAAAUGAUGAGGUGUCUGAGGGAGGUUAAUGUUGACAACAACACUGUUGGAUGGUAUCAAUCCACAGUUCUUGGGUCCUAUCAGACUGUAGAACUGAUUGAGACCUUCAUGAAUUACCAGGAGAAUAUCAAGAGGUGUGUGUGCAUCAUUUACGAUCCCUCCAAGGCUGACCUCGGCGUCCUAGCUUUGAAGGCUUUGAAGCUUUCGGAUUCCUUUAUGGAGUUGUACCGUGGCGGAAACUUUACAGGCGAGAAGUUGAGAGAGAAAAACUUCUCCUGGAUGGAUAUUUUUGAGGAAAUACCUAUCAAGGUUUCAAACUCUGCGCUUGUCAGUGCCUUCAUGACCGAACUUGAGACUGAUACACCAGUUUCACAGGGUGACUAUGAUCGUCUGCACUCAUCAACCACUCCUUUCCUUGAGAACAAUAUGGAGUUUUUGAUUAAAUGCAUGGAUGAUUUAUCCAUGGAACAGCAAAAGUUCCAAUAUUACUACAGGAACCUUUCUCGUCAGCAAGCGCAACAGCAAGCCUGGCUCCAGAAGAGAAGGUCGGAGAACAUGUCUCGUAAAUCAGCUGGAGAAGAGCCUUUGCCCGAGGAAGAUCCUUCAAACCCGAUCUUUAAGCCGAUCCCUGAGCCAUCAAGGCUAGAGAGUUUCCUCAUCACAAACCAGGUCUCAAACUUCUGUGGCCAAAUCAAUGGUGUUGCUGGCCAGAACUUCAGCAGACUCUACCUGACCAAGGCACUGCACGAGAACUGA